UAUACAUCGCUGAUCCUCCUUACUGUAGAUACUCUGAACUUCAGUUCCACCAGAUUCGGUUGAAGUAUCUCGGCAACGGAAUUCGCGUUCAAAAAUGAAGGGUGUUUUUGGACUUUUAUUCAUGAUCGUUACGGCGUCGACGACCUCUACUUUCGGAGGGAUUCCUGGACUCGAUGAAAUAGCUGGAAAAUUGUCUCCCUGGGCAUCGGAAUCAAUCGUGCCCUCUCACAAAAAUGAGCAUGGUUGCGAAGUGGUUUACGAUGACGUGUGGGAGGAAAAGUGCCAGACUGUCUACAACGAAGAGUGUGCCACCGAUUACGUGAACGAAUGCCAAAACGUCAACCAUCGUGAGUGCAUCACCAAGAAUGAGAAGCAAUGCUCCUGGGGUUUCAAAGACUCUUGCGUCAAGAUCCCCGUGCCUACAUGCAACCUGGUGUGGGAGAAGAAAUGUGGCCUCAAGGACGUAUGCACAACCGUUAAGGAGCGGGAGUGUCGAUCUGUGCCCAAGCGAAUUUGCACCACUUCCCACGACAAAGUUUGCGAGACUCGCGAGGAGAAAGUCUGCCGUCAAGUGCCUGUUCCUGUAGAGACUGUCCCCCACUACGUUCCAUCGAGCUACCCUGUGGAAUCGACUGGCAAACAUAAAUCCCAUGGAUACGGCAAUCAUGGCGAUGGGAAACUAGCCCAUGAUCUGGCUGGUAAACAUGGCGAAAGUGAGUCUUACUUUGGUGGAUUCGAAGACUUGACCCGUGGAUUGACCGAUUUGGACUUUGGAUUGGGGGAAUAUGGUACUCAUGGCAGCGGACAUGCCAAAGGUCACGCUGGUGGUGGCAAGCAACAUAAGCGAUCUGUGGACAAGUUGUUGGCUAAAAUCGAGCACAAGCAGGCGAAAUUGGCCCUGAAACAUAAGCACCUCUUGAGCAAGGCGAAAAAGGUCAAGGGCUCCAAGAAAGUGGACCACGCUCCUGUGGUGGUUCCCUCGAUCAAAACUGAAACCGUUUGCGAAUUGGUGCCCCGUCAAAAGUGUCAUAGCGUGCCUCAGGAAGCUUGUCGCGAAGAAUACUUCGAAGCGUGCGAAGAUGUUCCCCGUCAGGUGUGUACCCCUACUGAGAAGUGCAAGGACGUGCCCAAGAAGACUUGUGUGACCGUGGACAAGGAGAAAUGUGUCAAGAUCCCGUCCAAGGAAUGCGUGGCCGUUCCCAAAGAGCAUUGCGUCAAUCGAGCCGAAAAGGUUUGUAAGGAUGUUCCCCGGGAAAUCUGCAAUCCCGUUGCAGACAAGGUCUGCCAGAAGCUGAUUGUGAAGCGCCCCCGCGAAGUGUGUUUGCCUCCACGAACUGUCAAGAACAUUGGCGGCAAGGAAUGGUAAAUGGUACCAUACCAAGGGGUGCAAUUUCGAUAGUUUUGAGAUACAUUUUACACUACUGUGAUAAAUUGUGUAAUUCUGACAAUAAAAUUUGUUGUACACAUCAAAUUAGUAAAAAA